GGUGCUGAGGGAAACGAAGUACAAGCACGCACUACAGCCGGAAUUCCCGGUGCAAACAGAGACAGGUACGUGUAAGAAGAAAGAGGAAAGGAGAAGAGAAAGAAAGGGAGCAGAGGACCGACAGCCCUCUGUACUAAUGGACCAUAAGGAUAUUUAAACAUUUGCCCGGGGAGCGCACAGACACCGCAGUCCAUGCCUCUUCCUUGCCAGGUCAUUGAUGGGAAAUCAACUGGAUCGGAUCACCCACCUCAGCUACAGCGAACUGCCCACGGGGGAUCCGUCCGGGCUGGAGAAGGACGAGCUUCGGGUCGGCGUCGCCUACUUCUUCUCUGACGAAGAGGAGGAGGUGGAUGACCGCACUCCGUCCGACUGCGGCUUCACCAAAGACCACAGCCCUGCCGAGGAGGGACCCUUCUCGGUCAGCGAGGUGGAGUACUCAGCCUUCUGCUCCCAGGAAUGCAUCUUCUCCAAGCUACGAGAAAACGAAGACUUGAAUGUGUACUCGGUCAAAACUUUGCUGACUAUGUGCAAACCGGGGGACCUGCUGGAGCUGGUGGCGACCGCGCAAGCCCCCCACUGGGCUAUCUACGAGCAGGACGACCAGGUCAUACAUCUGCACAAGGGCGAGAUCCGCAAGGACAGCCUGCUUGAGAUCAGCAACGGCCGCCACGGGAGGAUAGUCAACAAUCGGUACCGGUACCGACCGCUUCCUCCUGACCUUGUGAUGCAGAACGCAGUGGGACAUCUGGGCCUGAGCAGCGAGGAGAUAUGCUGGACCAACUCGGAAAGUUUCGCAGCCUGGUGCCGCUUUGGGAAACGGGAGUUCAAAGCAGGGGGAGAGGCGCACUCAGCGGAGCAGCAGUAUUUCCUCAAAGUGCAUCUGUCCGGCAGCGGGGUGCACACUCUGGUCUUUCGCAGCCUAGAGGACAUGAUCCGGGAGAGAAGGCGAGUGGACGCCAGUGGAAUUCUCAAAGAGCUGUCUUUGGUUAACGGGGGCAAGGAGUGAUCAGGGAUUCCGUUUGAUAUCCGCUCCUCCUCCCCCUUUCUCUCCCCCCCACCCCCCACCCCUUGCCUUUCCUCGCCAAACGCGCACGGACGCACAGUUUUGCGCACACAUAAACGUACUCAGCACACAUGCACACAAGCACACGGACGCACAGACAUGCAAGGACCUGUUGGCUUUGGACUGUGUGUGUGUUCCGGAUGGACCCCGAGCCGCGUCUGGACCAAAGGCGCUCUGAGGAAUUUCCAUCAAAUUGCAGAGUGUUGAAAACUGAGAGAGCGCGGCCAUAUAAACAGACAACGCCCCUUCAGAUUAGAUUCGUGCUGUGUGGGACACACGACUUCUACUAAACCCAUUGCCCCGAACAGUGAAAUCACCUUUACAAAUGGCACAUAGCGCACACGGCUCGGUUUGGUUUUCUGUUUAAUUUCUCGGGAUAAUGGAACUGGCCCCUUCUCGGCAUAGGGCGCCUGCUGCGGCAGACCAGACGGUGAGACCGGGAGAGGGAGAGAUAGAUGGGGGUGUAGAUGAAAGAUAGGAUCUGGGAUGGCUCUCGAAAAGUCUCCCUUAUAUUUUUUUACUGUUAGCUUUAAGACCGGGACUGACCAUAACACAGAUCCAAGCCACUGAUUCAUAGACAUCUGACAGUCCCAGAUGGCUACGCAGUUGCCUAAACAAAGCAUUUGGCUUGUUCAAGCUCCCCUUUUGCCAUAACAAAAGUAUUGUCAUUUUCACAAUGCUGUCAUCCUGCUCCACAGCACUGGAUGUAUGUGUAAAUUGUAUUCAUAUAUUGAUUUCAAUUUGAGUCCCUUAUUUUUGUAUUUAAGUUUAGUGGAUUUAACCAUGAUAUCUCUUUUUUUGAUUCAAAUAAAUGGAGGUUGGAAUAUGAAAACAGUCACUUGGUCUAAGCAGGUGUUGUUUGGUCACACGUAAUUAUAUGAACACACAAACACAUGAUCUCCCACUUACUCUCACUCUCUCCCACACACAAACACAAAGACGAAUGUAUGAAUUAUUGAUGUUCCAGUGCCUCCUGACCUUCGUCAAGCCAAAUAGGCUUCAUAUAUAUCUACACAGUAUUUGGAGGCAGUAAAAUGGUCAUCUGCAUCAAACCUAUAAAGGCUUUAUGAAAAAUCCAUAAGGGAUCUCGGAGCUAUAGUGUAUAGGCAGCCGUAUAGACUCAGUGGGAACAUACAGUGUUUGGCCACUGGCUAUUUUUCCAUACGUAGGUUUUAUCCAACUGGCAUUUACACAUUAACAGGCAUUUCAAUCUCCCAAUUGUGUGUUUUUUCUACUUCACAGCAGAAUUACCAAAAUUAAGUUAUCUUCUUCAGUCACACUUUACAUCUGUAUUGUGAACAAGAUGUCCUCUAUAUAAUACUUAUCAUGAGGAAACUGUGUUGUGUUGUUAUGGCACCUGCAGCAGCUUUAUCUUUGGACUGAUGGUUUUACUCUUGUGCUAUGAGAGUCAAGGCAGUGCCUUCCUCCUCUCAUGUGAUGUGUAGUAGCAGUUAAGGUGGGAUCAAUCACCUCAGUGGUCUGAAGACGCCAGUCUACCUUCACUUGUCUUCUUAGGUUUGCUUAAUUGAGUCUGAAAGGACCAGAGAGUGGAUCUAUGGAGAGGUUCUGCAGUAAUGUGUGUCUUUGUUCUGCCUGGCAGUCUGCUACACCUGUGAUUUAUUUAUGAUUGUAUUCAUAAGCUGAAGAGGUUUCAAAGUAUCAGUUUACCACUAUAGAUCGUGUCUGGUUCAAUCCCCACCUCUAUGUAUUAGUGAUUUUAGCCUUAAUUUGAACAUAAAUAGCAAAACUGCAGUUGAUGUGGCUAAAUCCAAUUGCGGAGAAAUGGCAGACAAAGACUUUAUAUGUGACUGUGUGUGUCUGGCUGUGCGGGUGUGUGUGUGUGUGUGAGAGAGAGAGAGAGAGAGAGCGAGGGGGAGAGAGAGAGGAUGCAGAAAAACCAGCACACAUGUGCAGUGUUUCCCAUGUGUGCUUGUCUCUGGUGGGCCUGGUUUUGUUUGGUGUUGGAUAUGUUUAUUGCCCUGAUAAGCUCAGACAGACCCACAUCUUCUGUCAUUUCUGUUGUGUGUUUGAGUUUGCAGAUGUUGCAAGUUCAGCCCUCAGACAAGGUUUGUUUCAAAAUAUAGAAUAAUAAGCCUUUGAAUAUUGUAAAUGUUCCUUUAAGAAUUUUUUCUCCAGCUAUUGACCUAAAUGCUUUAUUCUGUUGUCUUUUCUGCAAAUAUAUUGACACACUCCUCUUGUUAACUCCAUGUCUUUUAAUUCUCUUCAGCUUCUCUUGGCUGGU